AUGGCGUCCGUUGACAUCCAGACGGCUCCCGGAGCGGAACUCGGCGUGUUCGAAAAGACCGGCACACAAAUCGACGUGAGAGAGAUCAGCCCGGAACUCGUUCCUAAUAGUCGAUAUUUGAUCCAAUCCCCAUACACCGAGCAGGAACAUCUGCUUGACCUGGACACCUUGAACCAUGAGAAUGCGCUCCUUGCCCGAGCCUUGAGCCGGUUCCGAGUUCUUCGCAAUGACUAUGCAACAGCACCUUAUGUCGACUCUUUCAACUGGCCCGAGGUGCUCGAGGAGGUGAAGCGUCUUACUGUCGAGUCAGGAAAGGGGUUCAAGGAAACCUCUUUCUACAUCGUCGCUUUCCGGUCCCGGAUCAAGAAGACCACCGAGUACGCUGAUCUCGGCCGACUCGACAAAGCAGCCCACGCUGAGGCUGUGGCAAGCGGCGGAUUCCUCAAAUACUGGUUCGGAGAGCCAGACUCUGAGUUGGCAAACUUGGCGACUUGCAUCUGGAGGACGAGAGAAGAUGCCAAGAAGGGUGGUACCGGACCGGCUCACCGAAAGGCAGCGGGAGCUACUCGUUCCAUGUACGCAUUCUGGAGGAUUGAUCAGCACCGACUCAUUAUUCGGGAUAAUGUCGAGUCAUGGGAGAUUAUCCCAUGGGAGGAAUAA